CCGAGAAGUUGAAGGCUGCCAGUCCGCCCCCUACACUGUGCAAGCGGGCAGCGGACCCCGCGCACUCCCCUGCAGCUUCCCAACAUGCCAUCCAUUGCCGGCCCUUUCUUGCUUCUGUUGCUGCCCGUCUGCUUGGCAUCUAACCCCCGCACCGUCUACUCCAACCACUGGGCUGUAAGAGUUCCGGGGGGACCCGAGGUGGCAUCAGAGCUGGCUGCUAAAUACGGCUACCUGAAUCUGGGGCAGGUAGGCAAUCUGGAGAAUUACUACCACUUCUAUCACAGCAAGACAAUAAAACGAUCCACAUACAGCAUUCGUGGGACACACAGCUUUCUCCAGAUGGAUCCAAAGGUUGAGUGGGUUCAGCAACAAGAAAUAAAGAAAAGGGUUAAGAGACACAUCCGGGCAGAUCAAAACCUUUUGUACUUCAAUGAUCCUACCUGGUCCAACAUGUGGUAUCUGCACUGUGAAAAUAAGAGCAGCCGCUGCAGAUCAGAAAUGAAUAUCAUGGCUGCCUGGCAGAGGGGCUACACUGGGAAAAACGUGGUUGUCAGCAUAUUGGAUGAUGGCGUAGAGAGAAAUCACCCAGACCUUGUUCAGAAUUACGAUCCCUUUGCCAGUUAUGAUGUGAAUGGGGAUGACCAGGACCCAAGCCCACGAUAUGACGCCAACAAUGAAAACAAACAUGGCACUCGCUGUGCAGGUGAAGUAGCUGCAUCUGCCAAUAACUCUUAUUGCAUUGUGGGCAUCGCGUACAAUGCCAGGAUAGGAGGAAUCCGCAUGUUAGAUGGAGAUGUAACAGAUGUGGUGGAGGCCAAGUCACUGGGCAUUCGACCUGACUACAUUGACAUUUACAGUGCAAGCUGGGGGCCUGAUGAUGAUGGGAAGACCGUGGAUGGGCCAGGAUCUCUGGCCAGGAAGGCUUUUGAAGAUGGUAUUAAGAAGGGCCGCAAAGGACUGGGUUCCAUAUUUGUAUGGGCAUCUGGGAAUGGUGGUAGAGAGAGGGAUUAUUGCUCCUGUGAUGGAUAUACCAACAGCAUCUAUACCAUCUCCAUCAGCAGUACCACGGAGAAUGGGUACAAGCCAUGGUACCUGGAGGAAUGUGCUUCUACGCUGGCCACGACCUACAGCAGUGGGGCUUUCUACGAACGGAAAAUCGUCACCACAGACCUCAGGCAGCGAUGCACAGAUGAUCACACUGGGACUUCUGUUUCUGCUCCUAUGGUGGCUGGUAUCAUUGCUUUAGCCUUGGAGGCAAAUCCAUUGCUUAAUUGGAGAGAUGUCCAGCAUCUCCUGGUGAAGACCUCUCGUUCUGUCCAUCUUCGAGCACCUGACUGGAGAACAAAUGGAGCAGGACGCAAAGUCAGCCAUCUGUAUGGCUUCGGCUUGGUGGAUGCUGAAGCUAUGGUUGUGGAAGCCAAGAAAUGGAGGACUGUACCAAGUCAGCACGUCUGUGUAGGAACAUCGGACAAAAGGCCCAGAUUUAUCCGAGCUGAUCAGUUGAUCCGCACCACAGCCCAUACGAAUGCCUGUGCUGAUCGCGGUGGGCAGCACGUGGCGUAUGUGGAGCACGUGGUUGUCCAGGUCACCAUCUCUCACCCACGCAGAGGAGAUCUGCAGAUCAAUCUCAUUUCUCCCUCGGGGACCAAAUCCCAGCUCCUGGGCAGAAGGACGUUUGAUUAUUCUAACGAAGGCUUUAAGAACUGGGAGUUUAUGACUGUUCACUGCUGGGGUGAAAAAGCAGAAGGGGAAUGGACACUAGAAAUUCAGGAUAUCCCAUCCCAGCUGCGCAAUCCAGAAACGCAAGGGAAGCUUAAGGAGUGGACUCUCAUUCUUUAUGGAACAGCUGAGCAUCCAUACCAUUCUGCUAGCUUUCAUCAUUCAAGAUCUAGAACCCUGGAUAUAUCGGCUAGUGAUCUGGAGCCUUCUAAAGCGGCUGUGUUCCAGGGUCAUCUGGAAUUCAUAGAAGAGGAGGAUGAAUAUAUAGGUCCAUGCCACCCAGAGUGCGGCGACCGGGGAUGUGAUGGCCCCAGCGAAGAGCAAUGCCUGAACUGUGUUCACUAUAGUCUGGGAGGUGUCAAAACUGGCAGAAAAUGUGUGAGUGCGUGUCCCUCUGGCUUCAUGGCAGAUGUGGCUAGUCGAAGAUGUCGGCGAUGUCACAGAGGAUGCGAAACGUGUUUCGGUCGAGGACAAAACCAAUGCAGUUCCUGUAAGAGAGGAUUCUACUUCCAGAUGGAAACCAACUCCUGCACCAUAUCUUGUUCAGCAGGAACAUAUGCAGAUGAUAGUCUGAAACACUGCCUCAAAUGCCACCAGAACUGCAGGAAAUGCAUUGGUUACCCAGAUAGAUGCGCGGUCUGCAAAGAUGGGUUCAGUCUUUCAGGAUCUAUGUGUGUGCCAGAUUGUGAACAGGGGACUUUCUACAAUCCAGCAUUUAUGAAAUGUGACAAGUGCCACUCAUCGUGCCAAGCUUGUUUAGGUUCUGGGAAAGACCAGUGCACCCAGUGUGCCAAAGACUUUCACUUGCAUGACUGGCGGUGUGUACCCUUCUGUGGCCAAGGCUUUUACUCUGAAGAGAUUCCUGGGCUGCCACAUAAAGUGUGCAGGAGAUGUGAAGAAAACUGUGUAAGUUGUGAAGCCACCGGGAAGAACUGCGUGAGGUGCAAAGAAGGUUACAGUCUGCUGAGUGGGUCUUGUGUGACAAACCACACGUGUAGCAAUGCUGAUGAGAUGUUCUGCGAGAUGGUGAAGUCCAGCAAGCUGUGUGAGAGGAAGCUGUUUAUCCAGUUCUGCUGCAGGACUUGCUUGUUAGCAGGAUGACAAUCCUUGUACCUGAUUAUCUGGAGCUUGGCCCCUGUCCUUAUCUUAUGGGACUGACCCCCAGGACAUGCAAUGAUGGCAGUGGGGUAAAUAAUGAUAGCAUUAACCUCAAUUGAUAGUUUGAGGAGUUUUCUGCUUGAAAAUCCCCAGCAUCUUCAUCUCCGGAUACUCUUCUUUCUGCUGCACAGUCGGUUUCCAAGACAGAACACGAUCUGGUUUUU